AUGUCGGGGCCAGUCACGAGGAGCCGCGCCAAGAACAUGCAAGAGCCAGAACCGGAACCGGGUACGUCCGCUGAAAAUAAAGAACCGACCACGUCUACCCCUGUCAAAGAUAAUUCUUUAAGAGUAAGAUCGAAGACAAGCACUGUCAGCCACAAUAUAUCUGAACGAGAACAAACCAUUCGAUCUAACGUUAGUAGCGUAGUCGUUAGAAAGAAGGAGGCUGAACUAGCAGCCGCGAAACGACUAGCUAAACUAAACUUAGAACAAACCCUCAUACAGAAAGAACUUGAAGUAACAUUGGCACGUCUAGACGCCGAGGGAAGCCGUCGCUCGCAAUCAAGCCGCACUAGUCGUAGCCGCGUUCAAAAAUGGUUGACAACGGAGCUACACGCCCACGAACAAGACGAACCAGCCCGUCGCUAUGAACCAGCAAACCACGUGGAACGUCAACAAUAUGUCGAACGAGUUCAGACACGUAAACCGCCAAAUGAGGAAUUUAUCCAUGCCCGUCCCGACCCUACGGUUUCGGAUAUACAACUACUAGCUCGAGAGAUAGCUAAUCUUCGCCGUCCAAGCGAAGUAAAAGACUUGCCUUACUAUAAUGGAAACGUGAACGAAUGGCUUUCGUUUAAAGCAGCCGUUGCAGACACCAGAGCCUCGUCGACCGAAAACGAAGUCAUCUCCAAACUCCGCCGUUGUUUAAAAGGAGAAGCUCGCGUCACUGUCGCCGCGCUUUUAGAUACUCAUGUUUCUGUCGCCGAGAUCAUGGAAGCCCUCGAACUACGGUUUGGCUUACCGGAACUGAUACUCCAAGAGGAAAUACAGGCACUCAAAGACUUACCUAAGCUUGUUGACAACACAGACCAGCUCAGUAAAUUUGCCUGCAAGGUUCGAAAUUGUGUCUCAACUAUCAAAGCCCUUAAAAAGCCUGAACACCUACACAACAUGGAGCUUUUACGAACCCUGAAACAGAAGAUACCCCACCUCAAGACUCGCUGGCUUAGUUACGCCCUAGAACAUGAACACCAGACAGAACCUGAACUUGUCAAGCUGUCAGAGUUCUUAAAGAAGGAAGCCCAAACUACCUCAAAGUACUGGAUGCACGAGACUACCCGCACUGCAAUAAAACCGAUGCAACAGCACAAGACUCAUUAUGCGAUAUCUGAAGAUAGUGAUUCUGAUCCUGAACCUGAACUUUGUUAUGCUUCAAGUCAGCCCAAAGCUCCCCUAGAAAUGUUAUGCCUAUACUGCAACUCCAAGACUCACCUUCUCAAGAACUGCGAACAGUUUCUCCGCCUGUCGAUUGAUGAACGCUGGGAAUGGGCGAAAGAGGCUAAGGUCUGCUUUAAGUGUUUGAAGUCUAGGCACCAUAGAGAGAGCUGCCGAGCCCGCCCAUGUGGCACAGAGGGAUGCCGGAUGUCUCACAAUAGACUACUUCACUCUCCAACACCUCGUCAACCCGAUUUAUCAGCCUUCGUACACCCAUCAACAUCGAGCCCUCAAUCAAACCCGGAGGUAGAAACUGAGAAACCACCACAAGAGACAACGGCUUGUGGCAGAGCUAACAAAUCUCGGGUUCUAUUAAAAUUUAUUCCUGUCCGAAUCCAAGGACCAAUAAAGUCCAAAUUAACUUACGCCUUUUUGGACGGAGGAAGUACACUAACUCUUCUAAAGCAAGAUCUCGCAAAUGAAAUUGGCCUGAAAGGGAUCGCCGAACCAAUGAGCCUGACUGGAAUGAACGCGACCGCCGAUCAUCACGGAUCUCAACGUCUUGACGUAGAAGUUACUGGACCCUCAAAUGUGCCACUAAAAUUAUACGACGUCAGAACAGUUGAAAAAUUACCGAUUUCACCACAAACUGUUGCCAACAUCGACGAAUACGAACAUCUAAAGGACCUACCCAAGACUGGGCUAUGCUAUGAGUAUGGAGUCCCAGAGCUCUUGAUCGGCCUGGACAACUGGCAGGCGACCAUUACGAAAGAGGUUCGUAAAGGAAAAAGAACCGAACCAUUAGCCACUCUGACUCCACUUGGGUGGGUUGUGCAUGGAUUUUCCCAUUCACACACCAACACUGUACAUUUCGUAGGCCACACUGACGAGGAUUUACAUCGAUUGAUUGAAGACUAUUUCAAAAUUGACGCUCUAGGGGUCACGAAUAAGAUGAAGUUGAAUGAAGAUGAUGAACGAGCCAUUGCGAUUCUACAAAAGACAGCGAGAAGGGUAGAAGAUGGCAAAAGAUGGGAAGUAGGACUUUUAUGGAAAGAGGAUAACCCUGUAAUGCCCAAGAGCUUUUCCCACGCCUCAAAGAGAUUAUUAUCUGUAGAAAAGAAAAUGGAUAAAGACUUGGUGUAUGGCCAAAAAUACAAAGACAACAUGGACAAUUUUUUGAACAGUGGGUAUGCUGGUCCCUGUGAGCCAGUUCAAUCGCCAAAGAAGUGGUAUCUCCCUCAUUUUGGAGUUACUAACAUUAACAAACCAGGAAAGCUCAGAAUCGUGCACGACGCUGCCAGUAAAGUGCAAGGUAUAUCACUGAAUGACAAACUGCUCACCGGACCCGACUUAUUACUCUCACUGUUAGCAGUCAUUUUUAAAUUCAGAGAAGGCGAAGUAGCCGUAUCUGCGGAUAUAAAAGAAAUGUUUCUUCAGAUCCGUAUAAGACCAGAGGACCGUCCCGCUCAACGCUUUCUUUGGAGAGAAUUUGACAGAAAAGGGCCUAUGAAGGAAUUCGAAAUGAAAUCAGUAAUUUUUGGAGCCACUUCUUCGCCAGCAACUGCAAUAUAUAUAAAAAAUAGAAACGCAGAAGAUUUCACUGAGGAUUAUCCGGAGGCUGUGGAAGCAAUAAAGACCCGAUUCUACAUGGAUGACUAUUUACACAGCUUCCAUUCCGUAGAAAUAGCUCGUAAAAUCACUAAAGAAGUUGCGCAUAUAAACAAGGAAGGGGGUUCACUUUAA